AUGGAUAACAGGAAGGAGCUUCACAUAAUUGUUUUCCCAUGGAUUGCAUUUGGUCACAUGAUUCCAUUCCUGGAGCUUUCAAAGCACUUGGCUACCAAGGGACACCACAUAUCGUAUGUAUCUGCUCCAUUAAAUCUUAAGCGCCUCCUCCCUAAAAUCCCUCAAAACUUAGUUCCAUUAAUCAAGCUAGUUCCUCUUCCAUUGCCUCGAAUUGAAAAGCUACCCCCUGAUGCUGAGGCCACCUCAGACGUGCCCUUUGAUGAUGUACAGUUACUCAAGAAAGCCUAUGACGGCCUAAAAGAGCCGUUGGAAAGGUUUCUGGAAGCUUCUUCUCCAAUAGACUGGAUCAUCUAUGACUUCCCUAGCUACUGGCUACCUCCAAUUGCUGACAAACUAGGUAUUCGCAAAGUCUUCCUUUCAUUAAUGAAUGGCUGGAGCUCUGCAACUUUCGGUCCAGCAUCAAAUAUGAUCAAGGAUGGUGCUGGGACAUGGAGUAACCCUGAGACCCUGACUAGUCCACUCGAGUGGAUCCCAUUCCCAAACAAAGUUGUUUACCGGUUCCACGAAGCAAAGAAGAGCAUUAGUGCUGCACACCCAAAUGCUUCUGGUGUAUCAGAUAUGUUCCGUAGUGGAUCUUCAGUGCGUGACUGUGAUGUAUUUGCCAUACGUAGUUGCAGGGAGCUUGAAACUGAAUACUUGCAACUUCUAGAAAAGCUUCACAGAAAGCCUGUAAUUCCUGUAGGCUUGUUGCCAACCUUGGUAGAAGAAGGAAAAAGGGGUAAUGAUGAUACCUGGCAGUCAAUUAAGGGUUGGCUGAACAAACACAUAAAUGGUUCAGUGGUUUAUGUAGCCUUAGGGAGCGAGUUUGUUCCAAGUCAAGAUGACAUCACCGAGUUGGCACUUGGAUUGGAGCUGUCCAUGCUGUCCUUCUUCUGGGCUCUACCGAAACAAGCAACUACACAGAUAGAGCUUCCGAAUGGGUUUGAAGAGAGAACACGAGAUCAGGGUUUGGUUUGGAAAAAUUGGGCACCUCAAAGCAAAAUAUUGGCUCAUGACUCAGUGGGAGCUUUCUUGACUCAUUGUGGUUGGAGUUCCAUAAUAGAGGGACUUCAGUUCGGAAGACCGCUGGUUAUGCUACCAUUUGUCUUGGAUCAAGGGAUAAACGCAAGAGUUAUGGAAGAGAAGAAAGUUGGAAUAGAAAUACCAAGGAACAGUAAAGAUGGAUCAUUCACUAAAAAUUCAGUAGCAGAAUCACUGAAGGUGGUGUUUGAGGACAUAUUUGGAAAGAUCUACAGAGAUGAGGCAAAGAAAAUGAGCAGAAUUGUUGCUGAUAAAGACUUGCAAAACCAAUAUGUGGAGAAUUUCGAGGAGUACCUUUACAACAACAGACCCAUACCUGAGGCCUAA